AUGUUUUAUUCCCACUCGUUGUUGGCUAGGAAGACUCCUCUUGGAAUGGUGUGGAUUGCCUCCCACUCCCAGAAGAUGAAGAAGACUCAGAUAGACUGUGUCGACAUCCAGUCUUCUGCAGAUGAUAUUAUGUAUCCUCGAGCUCCAAUUGCUUUGAGACUGUCGGGACAUCUUUUGGUUGGCCUUGUCAAAAUAUACUCGCGGAAGGUGAAUUAUCUUUUCCAAGACUGUAACAGAAUGUUAACUAAUACAAGGGUGGUCGUUGCUUCGAUACACAUCAAUUUACCCACAAAUGCAGAUAAAGCGCCAUUUGAGUCUAUAACAUUACCUGAGACCUAUAACCUUGAUGCAUUGGAGUUAGAGGAAUCAAUCAAUCUUAUUGAUGAUCCAGACAAUCACCAAAAAGAUUAUGAGCAAAUAACUUUGGCAGCUUCAGCAGAGCAAGAUCAAUAUGUGGCUUUCUUCAUUGAUAAGGAUAUCAAUACAAAUUCAUCAAUACAACUACAAACUAGACAUGAUGCAGAGCCGAUGGAAGAAGAUGUGUUGCCGCCAUUAGAUGAUGAUUUGGAUGUCAGCCGAGCUUUAAAUUCUUCAUCUUUUGAAGGUCCUGGUUCAAAGAGUCAUGGCAAUGGUUCUUUUCAAACUUUUGAUGCCAACAACAAUAUUCAAAAUUUUCAAAAAAUUGAGGUUAUGCGUGACAAUAACUUAGAGCUUGAGAACCGAUUAGAGUUGGACAAUACUAGCAAUGAUGUUGAAUUAAAUGAUCAUUCUACAUCAGUAACAAAGAGAAAGCAUAGUUUUGAUCCAAUGCUUGAAGAUAUUUUGGUUUCUAGAGAGGAACCUUUGCCUUCAACAUUUCAUGUCACAUCACCCGUGACUACAUUUGAUUCCAACAUUGUAAACAUGGAUAUAUCUCCGGGUCAAGCCUUGCCUCACCUGGAGUUGGAGCUUCAACCUUCACCUCCUGUUAGAGAACGGAAACGAAAGAGAAGAAUGAAAGAGCAUUCAUAUGAUGAGAACAUUGUAUUGUCAAAUGUAGACAUGAAAAAACAACUUAAAGACACUACCGAUUUAAUUCGCAAGAGAAGGAAGGUUUCAGAUGACCGCCAAAAUGAGCAAGUAUUGCAUGAAACACUGCAAUUAGUGCGAUCUCGUAAGCUCCAAGAGCUUUGUUCUAGACUCUUUCUUUCUCAAAGCAACAAUUCGAGUCAUAUGGAAGCUUCAUCAGAGUUUGCAAAUGAAUUACCUCAUGUUGCCUCAGAGGAUCUGCAAAAAGAGCCUAAGCAACAAAAUAAUGAUAGGAAUACAGAACGAGAACAACAGGACAAGCUGAAUGCAGUACCUGAGAAUUCUCAAUUCGAUAUGCAUACUGAUAUCCAACCAAGAGAACAGGAUGAGUUGCAUCUAAUACCAAUACCUGAGAUUGCUCGAUUUGAUUUAGAUAUUACCUACAGUUGA